CACAAUUAAAAUGAAAUUUCAAUAUCACGCCUCAACCACACAGCACAGACACUCGAUGGAAACAGAAGCGGAACUACCUCAAGAUCCCCAAAACAACUCUCAACACGAUUCAAGGAAGCCGAACCACAGCAGUCUCUCAUUCCGCAUAUGGCCACCCACCCAACGCACGCGUGACGCCGUGAUUGCGCGCCUCAUAGAGACGCUCACUACUCCCUCAUUGCUCUCCAAGCGAUACGGCUCCCUCCCCACAGACGAGGCUGACUCUACCGCUCGCUCCAUCGAGAACGAGGCAUUUUCCUCUGCUGAUGCCCAGGCCGCUGCUUCUGCUGAGAUUGAUGGAAUCGAGGUUCUCCAGGUCUAUUCCAAGGAGAUCAGCAAACGGAUAUUGGACUCUGUGAAGUCACGCGCUAGUACUGCCGGUACUGUCUCUACUACUGCUUUGGACGACAGUCCGGGAGCCGCUGGAGAGGCGAGCGAGGAGGCUGUCUCGUCUGUUGAAACGGAGGCUUGAUUUUUCUCCAAAGCUUUCUAUUAUUAGCUCAUGGCCAGAUCUUUUCUGCCAAAGCAACACUUUGACGACCAACUUACCUGUUUGUGAGAUUUGUCUUUCAGUUUAUAUUCUUAUAUCUUAAAAUUUUGUUCUUGAAGAAACCAUUGCAACUGUUUACUGUUCCAAGUUGCCUAGAGCACCUCAACAGGAAUGAUUUUGGAUGCUCAGUUUUCUCUUUUAUUCUGUUAUUUCUUGUUAUGAUCACCAUUAAUUGGAGUGCACAUACAUAUAUGUAUAUGUGUGUGUGUGUAUCACCCUCUCUUGCUACUGCAGUGUUUAAAUCCCAUCAGAGAUCUUGCUGCUUUGGUA